CGUUUGCUCUUGAGUGACGUUUGACAAACGAAAUACAUAAGUGUACACCAAUGUUUCACAUUCUUUCUCUACACAGUCGUGUUGUACCAUUUUGGGGAGCUAUCUAGCUGUCUAAUCUCAAACUAGAAUUAACCGGAUCAUUGUCCGACAAAUAAUAGUUACAAGAUGGACGAAGAGGUUUUGUCUGAUAAGACUGAUUUGUCUGAGCAAGUUGAAGAGUACGGAGAUGUGGAUGUGACUGACGCAAAACCGGAUCGGAAAGGAAGAUAUUUUCUCUUCGGCAGGUGGCACCAGAGUCAUUGUAGUUUGCCUAGACCGUGUAUACAUAUAUACUGCACAGUCUACAGUAGUCACCCAAGAAUGAAGUCUCAGAAUGUUGGUGUGCAGGAAAAGGACAGUGACCCUGAAAUCCAUUACAGGAUCACAUCACCAAAAUUCCAGUAUGAGAUGAACCAUAACCACGUGGGCAAGUGCAUUAUCAUCAACAACAAGAACUUUGAUGAAAGAACAGGAAUGACUGCACGCAAGGGUACAGACCGUGAUGCAGCAGAGCUGUUGAAUUCCUUCAAAAAACUGGGUUUUGAGGUUUUCAUUUACAAUGACCUGACCUGUGAGAAAAUGAUUUGGUUGCUAAAAAAAGUUUCAGAAGAGGAUCACAGUAACCACUCCUGUGUCGCCUGCAUCCUCCUGAGCCAUGGAGACGAGGGACAGAUCUACGGGAUAGAUGGGGUAAUGCCCAUCAAGAGUCUGACAUCGCUGUUCAGAGGAGACAUAUGCACGAGCCUGGUGGGCAAGCCCAAGCUCUUUUUCAUCCAGGCUUGUCAAGGUUCUGAGUUCGAUGAUGGCAUUCAGACUGACUCAGGACCAGCAAAUGACACCACAGAGAUUGAUGCCAAGCAGAAGAUCCCAGUGGAGGCAGACUUUUUGUUCGCAUACUCCACUGUUCCAGGUUACUACUCAUGGAGGAAUCCGGGUCGGGGUUCCUGGUUCAUCCAGGCCCUCUGUAGUAUCCUUAAUGAGUUUGGCAAGAAGCUGGAAAUCAUGCAGAUCCUUACACGAGUCAACCACAUGGUGGCAACCAACUUUGAGUCCUGGUCUGAUGACCCACGAUUUUGUCAGAAAAAACAGAUCCCCUGCGUGGUCUCCAUGCUGACCAAAGAGCUUUAUUUCAAAUAACGACAUUAUAUAUAUAUAUAUAUAAUGACUGCUGUACCCACUAAAUGACAAUUCCAAGGAUAGUCAAGGAUGAGCCAGACAGUGUAAAGUUUUUUCUUUGUAUGUGACAGUUUGUUUCUUAUGUUAUGCUGGAUAAUUUAGAUAGGUGCUUUUUUUUUUAGUAGUACGUAAUGUUUGUGUUCGUGCUUAAACUGCCUCAGUUAUUCCAUGUCACAGUUCAUCCACUGGCAGUGUGAAAUAUCCUUGUAAUUUUACCAUCUUGGAGGGUUUGCUGCCAUUUUAGGUACAGAAUUUGAGGAAGAAGGGGCCGUUUUCCCCAUUUCCUAUUUCCUUGAUUGACGUGGAGUGUCACAUUUCAAAUUUUAAUCAUAGAUUAAUUCAAAUGUGUCUGAUGUAAUGGGAUAUAGAAGUACAUUCAGUUUUAUUAGGAAUUUGCAGGAAUCACAAUUUAAAACAUUGCACUUUUUGUUACUAGUGCAAUAAAAGAAGUGGGCAGAGGCUAUAGUUAAACCAGCGAAUUGUAAGUCACUCUGGAUAAGAGUGUCUGCUAAAUGCCGUAAAUGUAAAUGAAUUAGAUGUGUAUUUAUGCACCUUUUAAUCUCUGCCCUUCCUGCUCUCAAGAGACAACCUCAGACAGAGAUAUCUGCUCAUCAAGGAUCACCACAACCUAGUGCUGUGCUCUCUAUAGCAUCACAAUAGUUUGAGUAUGCAGUCAAUUACAUAAGACAAGACCUCCAUUGUUAGUUACGGGGCCACCAAGAGGAAGGAGGAAUUAAGAACAAAUUAUUAAGAUAAUUAUUGUUGCUUGUUUUUAUAAUUUUGACUGGUGCAGUUUGUGAACUUUUAUCACUUAUAGUUUGAGAGGUUUGAGGUGGAUUCAAGAGACCGGUUCUAUUGGUACAUAAUU